AUGUUUACUAACUUACAUGAUGCUAAUAAUACUAGUAAUUUACUUUUACAUUUUUUUUAUGGCUCAAGGAAAAAGAGUUUUGGAAUUUUACAUGGCAGGUAUAAUAAAUAAAAUAAUGAGGGUGAAUUCAUCUUCAAAAAGGAGAAUACUUAACUCUUGAUUUUGUCUACAAUCAUAACAUUCAUUUCUUUCUUCACUCUUACCAUAUUGUUUCUCUCUUCAUAAAACACGAAACUUUACAAAUCGUACUUUGAUGAAUCAAACACUUCAUACAUGGUGUUAUUUAUGUCAUUAUUCGUUAUUGGUUUAGGAAUAUUGGAGGAGUAUUAUUGGAGAAAUUUUCUGAUCAAAACACUUCCCUCUGGGUGGAUGGCAGCAUUAUUUGUUGGUUUACAUUUUGCAUUCCUUGUAAUGAUGAUAUCAAGUCCAAUAGUAGAAUGGCAAUUUUGUGUUUUAUUGGGAGUGAUAUCAGUGGUUUGGCAUAUGGCUAUGGUCUAUGCGAGAAAGUUACUUAAAUUUUCAUCGGUUUUGGUGUAUGGAAUUGCUGCAAGAUUUGGCAUCUACACUGCAUUUUAUAUAUUAUUUUUGAACAUUAAAUUGGGUUGA